UCUAUGACCUAUGAAAAUUUUAUUAAUUACUUUUGCUGCAAAAGUUUUUUAUAACGUUUUUUACCAUAUUAAUUGCCUCAUUGUUUUUUAUGAGAGUUUUUUAAUCAAAUUAAUGAAAUCGUUCUAAACUUUUAUAGGACUGUUUUGACUUCAUUAAAAUUUUUUAAAAUACUAUUGGAUGAUUUUUAUGACAUCAGCAGGUUGUUUUUGUUUUUUAUUCAAUAGACUUUUUAUAUAUACCUUUUUUCAGUUUCUUCCCAAUUUUAAUAGCAUAAAUAUCAAAAAUUUUGUGUUAUACUGUCAACUGGUUUGUAAACAAUGUAGACUGCACAUGUGAAUUUUCACGUCUCAAAUGAAAGAAUAACAAUCCCUGCAGCUAUAUUUAUCAAAUAAAAGCAUUUUUUGGUUAUUUUAGAUUUUUCAUAUAGUUUUUCUAUAAAAACACGUUUUUUUGGGUGUAUUUAUUCCCCGGCAAUUAUUUCAGCUGUCAGAUUCGCUUUAACGUGGAAAUAAUUAUUUAAUAUUUAAAAAUCAAUGGAUUAAAAAUUUUCUGAGCGGAAAUUAAUUAGGCCUCGGAAACUAAAGUCAGUAGUAUACAAUUACAUAUUGUAAUCAUUGUGAACUAAACAUACAGAAGUGCAUAAAUUAUUAGACUCAUGCAUAAAGUGUAUUAUUUUUGGUUCUUAUCCUAAAAUGUAUCAUUUUAUAUUAUACUGGUCUGACUUGAGUCUAAUAAUUUUCACACGUCUGUAUAUAGUAGUAAUUUUAAAAACAUACACCUAAUUAGUAAUUAAUUUGUUUCUAUAUUUAUUAUUUAGAUUGGCAGGAGUCAGAAAGUCAGGAGCCUGAGUCUGAAACUAGUGGGAAGUGCUCCACCAUCACUUCUGGCUCUACUAGUGGCACUGGCACUGCAUCCCAAAGCAAAGUAAAAUUGCAAUGCAUUAAUUCAUUUAUUGUGAAAACCAGCGGCAGGGCAAGACCUAAAUUUGAUGUGGGCAAGGUAUAUUUCGCAAGGCCCUCUGGUAGCGCAAGAAGACUGAUUUUAUAAAAUAAAAAGCAGUUGAAACUGUCAAAUUUUUAUUCCUAAAAAUGCAAACUAUAUUCUUUAACUAACAUUAAAAAAAAUUAAAGAAACAGAAAUUUCCUGCUUUUAGCCUUACUGAACUCCUUAAUAAUUGUAUCGUCAUUCAGCUUAUAUGCUAUUUAUGCUUCAAUAGAUAAAAUUGCGAAAGCUGAAAGUCUUUCCUGACCCAUUGUAUUUCUUAAAUAAUUUUUUAUUAGCUCCUUUCAGCGUAGGCAGUACUUACUGGUAUUGUUAACAAAAUUCAAAUGGCAAUGUAAAUAUUUGGGUAAAUUUCUUUCAAGUUAUUUUCUGUUAUGUAUUGGAGCAGCUGUUUCACAUCUUUAAUGAAGUUGGGUAAAUUUGGGAUCAUUGUUUGUAAUUCUUCAUAUAAUUCAUAAGGUUAUAAGUCACUGCUCUCACUCACUCGCAGGACUAAGUAUAAAUCUUGACAGUUUUUUAAUAUUUGCUCUUUUGGAAUAUUUUUUAACUUGCUUAGAUCAUAGAGAAAACCAAAAUUUUCAAAAUGUUGAUUUAAAGACAUAAAUCCCAAAUUCAUAUUGCUUAUUACAGAAUCAAUCAUGGUGUUAAAAAAAUCUGUUUCAUACCUGCUUUUGGGAGACUGUAUAGGUUGAUCGCUGCCUUCAUCAUCGAACAUCCUUUUCUUUUUGGCUACCCUUUCGUUUUUAAAGUCUUUUGGCAGUUCAUAACUGCUAUUCUCAAUAAAUCGAAGAGCAUCAGACAAGCAUUUUUCGAAUCCAGUUUGUCGAUAUUCUUUGAUCCAGUCACAAAAUGUACACAAAUGUUCAAGAGUAUUGCUUAAAUGGACUUGUAAAGAUUGCCAUAAUUUGCUUAUGAUAUUAACAUGCAAAAAUAUCUCAUGCCAUACAUGUAAUGAUAUGAUAAAUUCUAAACUGAGAAUUUCGUUUAAAACUGAAUCAUAAUCACUGAGUGUGUCUGAUUGUUCCGUUUGAUUUUUUAAGCUUUCGAUGCAUUCGACAUCAAAUUGCAAUAAUACGGCCUUCAAUCCCUCGAUUCUGCUUUCUCACCUCGUGUCUGAUAAAGGCUUCAAAGUAAGCUUUAAUUUGCCUUUGAUUAAUUCCCAGCAUUUGCUGGAACUUGAAAAUAGCAAAUAAAUUUUCUGAAUAAAACCAAAAUAUGUUUUUGCUGCCACAGAAGAAUUAGCUGUGUCUACCAACAACAGAUUCUAGCUAUGACAACUGCAAAGUGUAAAAAAUGCCCUGGGAUUAAUAUUUAAUAUUCGAGUUUUAACUCCACUAUUUAUGGGAUACUUUACUGCGAUACUUUGAUUGGCUUUCUAGCCUUUGAGAAUCAUGAAAGUAACAUAAACAAACACAAUGGGAAAUCCCUAGCUCUGGCUGGCAAGGAUUCCCCGCGAUAGCAACCCAACGCCAGCAAAUGUUGCUAGACAAAUAAUAACAAAUUUGGUAUGUCAAUAUAUUUAUCGUUUUAUGACGAGUAAAAUUUUUUCAUUGAGUUUACGGCUUUUAUGUAAUGCAUAAACCUUCAAAGUGCGAGGCUCCUCAGACAGCGAGGCCGUAGGCAGUGGCCCACGUCGACCAUGCCUUAUGCCGCCUCUGGUGAAAACAUCAACUAAUUAAAAAAAAAAAUGCAAUUGGAUCUCCAAUGCACAAAAUUUAUAUAUGCCACCAAUUCAGCCUUUACUCAUGUAGAACACCCUGAAUUUAUAAAAUUUUGUCAGAUGUUGCGACCUGGAUAUGACCCUCCACAGAAAAAGGAAAUUGGGGGACCCUUACUGGACACUGUAUACAAUUCCAUUGAGAAUGAAUCAGCUGAUGAGUUAAAGGAUGUUACAGUCUGUAUGGCUAUUGAUGGGUGGAGUAAUGUCCAUAAUGAACAAGUGAUUUGUGUCUGUGUGACUGAUCCUAAUGGAACAGUUCAUUUGAUUGACUCAGUUGAUACAGGUGUAGAAAAGCACACAUCAAACUACUUAGAAAUUAUUGCAACUGCAGCAAUAAAAAAAUGCAAUCAAAAGUAUGGCUGUAAAAUAAGAAGCCUGGUAAGUGACAAUGCAAGCAAUAUGAAAAAAAUGAGAGAAACAUUAGUAAUGACAGAAAAUUUAGAUAUUGUCACUUAUGGAGGUUCUGCUCAUAUUUUAAACUUACUGGCUCAAGAUAUCAAUAUGAAAGAGGUUAAUGAACAAGUUAAGCACAUCAUUGUAUACUUCCGGAAUCAUCAUUUCCCGAAAGCCAAAUACAAAGAGACAGUGAAAAAGGAUUAAUAUUACCACAGGAUGUACUGUACUUUGGAACAGCUUAGCUGAUUGCUUAGAGUCAUACAUUCAGGACUGGCCUAUCCUAAUGAAGGUACUAUCAUUACUUUAAGUUGUUUUUACUUUCUUAUUUUGUACUGUGGGUAAAGUCACUAAUUCAUAAAGCAUAUACUAGUUGUGUUGAAGUGUGAUUACUUAUAGUAAUAUAGUAAUAAUAUACUUAGAGUAAUAAUGAUGAGAUGAAAUAUAUAAUUAUUUUGUUUUGUAAACUGACUGUUUACUCUAAUGCUAGUUAAUUCUAUUUAUGUACUCAAUGAGUAUUGAAUAAUGAGUAUCGAGUGUUUAAUCCUAAAAACAGUUACAA